AUGUCAAUAUUUGUGCUUGUCGACGACUCCGACCCGAGUAUUGAAUACUCGCCCCAAUCUACUAGCCAGGAGGAGGCAGCGAAUGGUUGGCUUGUCGGUCAACAAGGAAGUUCAACCGAGUUUUGGGGAACGACGACGAGUACUGCGAACGUGACAUCGACACUGACUUUCAACUUUACGGGCAUAUCAGUCUCUGUAUACUGCAAGACAGCAGGCGCAAACGACGGUCUUUCCUCCAACACGACCAUCGCAUUCUCUAUUGAUGGAGAAUCCGUGGAUUCUCCAUACACGGCCCAUGCCCAAGGAAACACUCGAUACCAUGUCCCUGUAUUCAGCGCCUCCUCCUUGUCGCCCACGCAACACACACUGUCAAUCACGGUCCCCACAUCAGACAUCGCCCCCCCGGACUUCCAGCUUGAUUACAUCAUUUACGAAGCAGUUACGAACACAUCCAUACCAAAAACGGACCCGAACUCGAAGACCUCCUGGGUUUUCAUCGACGAUACGAGUCCGUACCUGAUUUCUCCAGGCGGCUGGACACACACGCUCCCCAACUUCCCACCUGCCGGAGCGCCUCCAGACUUUAAUUUGACGGAUGCGUCGUUCAAUUCAAGUGUGAUAGGCCCCACGAUGCCAUGGGCAACCAUGUCUCUCGAUUUCUGCGGUGCGACUUACAUGGAGAUGCAUGGAAUGCUCCUAAGCAACACCUCCUCAGGCGCACUCGGCUCGUAUACCAUUGAUGGCCUCGGCAACACCACAUUAUCGUACCCCAUCAAUGGUACCUAUCCGUUUUACAAUUACAAGCUCAUGGAUGCCACGAUACUAGACCCGAACACAGCCCAUAAUCUCGAGGUGGUUGCCUCCGAAGGACAGGCGUUCUACAUAGACUAUAUCAUCCUGCGAUCCCCGACGGCAUUUGUUACUUCAUCUCGAUCAUUGGCGGCAGGUAACGGCUCGAGCUCGCACAAAGGCGCAAUAGCGGCGGGGGUCGUCGUUGGUGUUCUCCUUUCAGUUGGAGCGGUCUUAAUUUUUCUCUUCCUUCGCCGAAGGAGACAAACACGGAGAAGGGAUCGCGAGGGACGUCUCAUGGGGGAUGACGUCUUAUCUUCUGCGACUGAGCAACUGGGUGUAGAAGGAGAGUCUGAUGCGCUAGAGCAGGGAGGAUCCGUAGAGACUCAUACCGAACGAAAUCCCAACCUCAUGAUCACUCCUUUCACGGCCGCUGCACUGGACCCCGAGUUUUCUCCCAUCCCUAUGACUAGACCAAAGCCCGGUUCUGCAACCGUCGUCAUCUACAAUCGACAACGCAGCAACAUUGAUGUCAACCUGACUACUACUGCGGCGGACCCAGUCACAGAUUCGUCCGAUUCGGAGAGCCGCAUACGGCCGCUACCACCUUUACCACCCACUCAAGAGCCAAGCGUCAUCGAGGAAAGUGAUAGUGGUCUGAGAGGAGCGGUGGUAACAGCCAAGUCUAUGCGGCUCCCACCUCGGUAUACGGAGACUUGA